GAGCGCGGUGGCGUAGACGGUGUGUGAUCAUGGUGGUGGUGGCGGCUUCGCCGAGCGCGGCCUCCGGGGUUCCUAAAGUGUUGCUUCUGUCCGGCCAGCCCGCCGCCGCCGCCGCCGCCGCCGGGGACGUGUCGUCCGGUCGGGUGCUGCCGCUCAUGGUUCCGGGUCAGAGAAGGGCCAGCAGCCCCGAGGCGGCGAGCGGAGGACAGCCGCAGGCCCGCAAGCGGCAGCGCCUCACGCACCUGAGCCCGGAGGAGAAGGCGCUGAGGAGGAAACUGAAAAACAGAGUGGCCGCGCAGACUGCCCGAGAUCGGAAGAAAGCGCGCAUGAGUGAGUUGGAACAGCAAGUGGUAGAUUUGGAAGAAGAGAACCAAAAGCUUUUGCUAGAAAAUCAGCUUUUACGAGAGAAAACUCAUGGCCUUGUGAUUGAGAACCAGGAGCUGAGACUGCGCUUGGGGAUGGACACCCUGGUUACUAAAGAGGAGGCAGAGGCAGAGGGGAAUGGAGUGAGGCCGGUGGCCGGGUCUGCUGAGUCCGCAGCACUCAGACUACGUGCAUCUGCAGCAGGUGCAGGCCCAGUUGUCACCCCCCCAGAACAUCUCCCCAUGGAUUCUGACGCUGUUUUCUCUUCAGACACUGAGUCUGGUAUCCUGUUGGGCUUUCUGGACAAGCUGGACCCCAUCAUAUUCUUCAGAUGCCCUUCCCCAGAGUCUACCAGUCUGGAGGAACUCCCAGAGAUCUGUCCAGAAGGACCUAGUUCCUUACCAGCCUCCCUCUCUCUGUCAGUGGGGACCUCAUCAGCCAAGCUGGAAGCCAUUAAUGAACUCAUUCGUUUUGACCACGUAUACACCAAGCCUCUAGUCGUAGAGAUCCCCUCUGAGACAGAGAGCCAAAACGGUGUGGUAGUGAAAGUUGAGGAAGCCCCUACUAGCCCCUCCAAGAAUGAUCACCCUGAACUUGUCAUCGCAGUGAAGGAAGAACCUCUGGAAGAGGACCUCAUUCCAGAGCUGGGCAUCUCAAAUCUGCUGUCAUCCAGUCACUGCCUGAAGCCACCUUCCUACCUGCUGGAUGCUUACAGUGACUGUGGAUAUGGGGGCUCCCCUUCCCCGUUCAGCGACAUGUCCUCCCCACUUGCAGACAACUCCUGGGAGGACACUUUUGCCAGUGAACUCUUUCCCCAGCUCAUUACUGUCUGAGGUGUCGUCCCUCACCUUGACUAAUCCACUGCCUAGAGUAAACAGAGAAGCCUGGCUAUGCAGUCCUAGAGAGAGUACCUCUGAAGUGCUUGCUCAUGCCUCAUUGUGUUUAACAUCCAGUGACCAAGGCACCCAGAUAGUUCUAUAGAGCAGAACUACAGCUUCUGAGAGUACUUUUAUCUUAAAAAGCAGUAGUUUGGCCUACAGUCCUUAUGGCAAGGGUCAUUUUAACAUGUGUCUAUUUUUCUUGAGACAGGGUCUUUAGCAUAGGCUGACCUCCCAACUGUGUAGCUGAAUCUGGGCUUGAGUUCUUGAUCCUGUCGCCUCUGUCUCCCAAGUGCUGAGAUUCCAGGCAUGCCCCACUAUGUCUGGCACUUAACAUUUGUCUUAAUAUGGACAUGGAAUUUAUGAGUAAAUUUUUAUCAUUUCUUGGCA